AUGCAGUUGCCCAGUUUCGGGAAGCUAGUGCUCAAUGCGUUGUACUACAGAACAGCAGCCGGUGCUGGCUCAAAGCUCUUGAGCGGCGGCACCAUUGUCGCAUUCGAUCACGAUACUGGAUUAUUUAAUAUUGUACGUGACGGAUCAUUGCUUGUUACCGACGACCGUAUCACCACCAUCUUCAAUACAACAUCGCCAAACGGUAUUCCCGAAAACACCGAGAUUGUGAAUUGUACUAACAAAAUCAUUACUCCCGGCUUCAUCGAUACACAUCGUCAUGGGUGGCAGACAGUCUUUAAAACCUUGGGGUCCAACACGACGCUGGGCGAAUACGCGAAUCGAUACAGUGCCCUCGUAGGACUCAAUCUCUUUACUCCCAGCGAUAUAUACAUCAGCCAGUUAGCAGGUAUUCACGAGGCCCUUGCUGCUGGAGUGACGACAAUUCUUGAUCAUGCGCAUCAUACAUGGACGCGCGAUCAUGCUGCGGCAGGUUGGCAGGCCUCUGUAGACAGUAGCGCUAGGAUAUUCUUCGCAUAUACAUUCCAGAAUACCUCGACAGACUUUCAAGUUCCGCAACAGAUGGCCCAUUGGCGCGAACUUGCUGCGUCAGCGGUCCCUGGCCUUGCGACACUUUGCAUAUCCUAUGACGACUUCACGGGUAACCCCGAGAACAUUACUCAAGCGGUAGUCAAUCUUGCCAAGGACGAUAACGUCGCAGUACUCACCACUCACCAAGUCGAAGGGCCUUGGCUACUUGGAAAUACCCCCGAAGAUCUAAAUCGCGUUGGCAUUCUGAAUUCUAGCGUACCUGUUGUGAUUUCCCAUACUUCGUUUCUAACCGCGCGGGGAGCUCAAUUAUUGCGAAAUACAAACCAGCACAUCUCUAUCACAGCAGAGUCUGAAAUGCACUAUGGGCAUGUGCACCCCUCAAGCCAUCUGAUUUUAGAUCAGGCCUCACUGGGUAUCGAUACGCAUUUCACAUUUUCGACAGAUAUUCUUACCCAGGCACGUAUUUGGUUGCAACGAGUCCGCGAACGUUUUUAUAGCUACACAGUAGUCGAUCUGUGGGAAGUUCCUGCUAACAAUCCCAUGUCUGUCAAUCAGGCAUUUCUUCUCGCAACCCGAAAGGGCGGGCUAGCUCUCGGUAGAAACGACAUUGGCAUCAUAGCGCCGAGCGCGAAAGCAGAUCUCGUGGUCUGGGAUGGGCGCUCGCCCGCAAUGUUAGGAUGGACCGACCCUAUCGCAGCGGUAAUACUACAUGCAAGCGUAGGCGACAUCGAGCACGUCUUAGUAGACGGGCAGUUUGUGAAGCGCGACAAGAAACUCGUCAUAGAAGGGUACGAGGACGUUCAAGAUCGGUUUUUAGACUCCGCUAGACGCAUUCAAGGGGUCUUGAAGGACACCCCGCUGCCACAGCAAACAGGCACCUUUUUGACUGGGUACCCGUACGGACCAGUCAAGCAAGCGGAUGUUCAACGAGGUGACGGGACGGGGUAUGGACCAAGUUAUGUUUAA